AGGUCGCUUGCAGCGCUUGCAUGCUGAGAAGCGAUGACGCCCUGCCUGCCGUACCUGGUGCUCCUGUGGGGCGCCCUCGGGGUCGCCGACGCCGCCAAGAUCAUCGUGGUGCCGCCCAUCAUGUUUGAGAGCCACAUGUACAUCUUCAAGACGCUGGCCGCCGCCCUGCACGCGCGGGGCCACCGCACCGUGUUCCUGCUGUCGGAGGGCCGCGACCUGGCGCCCUCGCCGCACUACGGGCUGCGGCGCUACCCGGGCCUCUUCAACAGCUCGGCCUCGGACGCCUUCCUGCAGGCCAAGAUGCGCAACAUCUUCGCGGGGCGGCUGACGGCCGUGGAGCUGUUCGACAUCCUGGACCACUACACGCGGAACUGCGACAUGGUGCUGGGCAACCGCGCGCUGCUGCGGGCGCUGCGGCGGGAGCGCUUCGACCUGCUGCUCGUCGACCCCAACGACAUGUGCGGCUUCGUGAUCGCGCACCUGCUGGGCGUGCAGUACGCCGUCUUCUCCACCGGCCUCUGGUACCCGGCCGAGGUGGGCGCCCCCGCACCGCUGGCCUACGUGCCCGAGUUCAACUCGCUGCUCACGGACCGCAUGAGCCUGGUGCAGCGGAUGAAGAACGCGGGCGUGUACCUGGUGUCGCGGCUGGGGGUGCACCUGCUGGUGCUCCCCAAGUACGAGCGGGUCAUGCGGAAGCACGGGCUGCUGCCCGGCCGCUCGCUAUACGACCUGGUGCAGGGCUCCAGCCUGUGGAUGCUCUGCACCGACGUGGCGCUGGAGUUCCCGCGGCCCACGCUGCCCAACGUGGUCUACGUGGGCGGCAUCCUCACCAAGCCGGCCGGCCCGCUGCCCCAGGACCUGCAGAGCUGGGUGGACGGCGCCAGCGAGCACGGCUUCGUCCUCGUGUCCUUCGGCGCCGGCGUGAAGUUCCUGUCGGAGGACAUGGCCCACAAGCUGGCCGGGGCGCUGGGGCGGCUGCCACAGAAGGUGAUCUGGAGGUUUUCUGGAACCAAACCCAGGAACCUGGGCAACAACACGAAGCUCCUGGAGUGGCUGCCGCAGAACGACCUGCUGGGGCACCCCCACGCCAAGGCCUUCCUCAGCCACGGCGGCCUGAACAGCAUCUUCGAGACCAUGUACCACGGCGUCCCGGUGGUGGGCAUCCCGCUCUUCGGCGACCACUACGACACCAUGACCCGCGUGCAGGCCAAGGGCAUGGGCCUCCUGCUGGAGUGGAAGACCCUGACGGAGGCCGAGCUGCACGCGGCCCUGGUGCGGGUCAUCAACGACCCCAGCUUCCGCAGGCGGGCCCGGCAGCUGUCUGAGAUCCACCGGGACCAGCCCGGGCACCCCGUGGAGCGGACCGUGUACUGGAUCGAGUACAUCCUGCGCCACCGCGGCGCCCGCCACCUGCAGGCCGCCGUCUACCAGCUGUCCUUCUGGCAGUACUUCCUGCUGGACGUGGCCGCCGUGCUGCUGCUCGCCGCCGCCCUGCUCGGCGCCCUGCUGGCCUGGGCCGCGCCGCUCGCCUGCCGGCUGGCCUGUCGCUGCUGGGCCCGGCGCAGGCCCGGCGCCGCCAACGGACAUCACGCCAACGGGGUCCUGAACGGCAGGUGCAAGAGGAACGGCCACGUCCCGCACGACAAGAAGUCCAAGUGAGCCGUGGCCUGUGGCCCAUGGCCCCCCCUGUGGCCUGUGGCCCAUGGCCCCCGUGGCCCACGUCGCUGCUGCCCGUAGUCUAACCCCGAGAGCCGUCAGCGAGCAGUUCUAACCCCCUCUCUGAUCCACUAAUGCGACCCUGUGCGUCGGCGGCUGCGGAAGCACCGACCUAACAUGCAAAACGUGUUUUACUCCGACACCCGUGCUGCCCGCGUGGCUCCGGACCCGUGAGGAGCCUUAAUGAUCAAAGUCCAGUGCCCAGUGCCCGUGUCGGUUGUAGUUCCGAGCCCUGACACGCGUGUGCUUCCCCGACCCGUGUGCGUGCGUGUGAGCGUGUGUUCCCCGAGGGCAGUGUGGUCUGCUGCGUCCACGGUUGUGCAGGGCGCAGCGCAUUCAGGAAUGAAGCAGAGGGGCCGUCCGCAUCCGCUGUUCCUCUCCGGGAAUUUAAUCCGCAAACUCAGGACACUCGCCAACAACCUGUCCCUCCACCCCACCCCAGGAAGAAACGGAAAGACGAGGGCACCGGCUUUUGGACUCUGUUGUGUUUUUUGCUUAUUUUAGGUUUUUGGUUUCUUGUCUUCCUCUUCCCACGGACUGUGGACGCCUCUGGGGGAAAGCGGACCAUUAAGUAAAAGUGUCAAUGGUCGUCAUGCUUGGUUUGCCCGCCCGGAAAUGGGCUGGAGGAAUUUUACGCUGUUGCCACGCUGGCCCUGUGUUGCCUGUGGUGAUGGAGCAGCUGGGCCGGAGCGGGUCAGCCCGGGAGCGUUAGAGGGGACGGGCCGGCGUCCCUGGCGCCUCGUCCCUCCUGCCUGGUGCCUUGUUCAGGUGUGACCGCUCCAAAACGUUAACUUCACAACCACCCUCGUCGCCCCUCGCCGUCCGGGCCACGCAGUCUAUGCCACGGAGGUGCCAACGUGAGAUUCUCACCCGGGGCCCGUGCGGGUCCCAUCCUGUCCUCGCUCCGUGUGACCGUGUUCGUUCAGACGUCACGUGGCACGUGGAGGCGACGGACAUCACACCUGCCGAGACACGGAGUUUGGGGAUGAGUUCCUGUUCUCCUCCCGCCCCCGCCCGGCCCCAGCACCGGGCGGGACAGUGACGGCGACGGCGGCCUCCUCCUCGCACAGAACUGGGGUGACGCAGGACCCCUGGGCCCGACACCCCACGGCCACUCCCGGCUAUUUGAGGUCGUUCUGUUUACUUGGCGUUUGCACUUGGCGGCUUUAUUUAUUGACGCUUUGGCCCCGUGUCUGACAGCUGAGCAUGGAGACACACCGGCGACCUGAUGACGUGCACGGGCGCGGGAAGACGGUGACACCCUGACCGCGGUCGCCUCCGCGUGCGCCAUGACGGGACCUCACGCCCCGCCGGGAGCCGCCGAGCUGCGCGCAGAAACAUGCGGCUUCCUCGCCCACACGCGUGGCGCUCUGAGCCCUGGAGGAAGCGGCGUGAUGCCCGCAGCCCCCGGGCCACCGGUUGCCGUCUCCCCGCGAAGCUGCCGUGAGCAGGGGGGGGGGCACACAGGCCGUGAGCGGCGGGCGUGACGGGCUUCGAGCGCGCGAGGAGCUGGGAUGACGCCGUCAGUGAGCACCCCCCGGGGAUGAAGCAACACCUCCCUGCGACACGCUUACCAAUACACGCGACUCACCGCGGAGAAAGGCGUCGGGUACAAUUCUCUUCAGGGUUCGUUUUACAGUAAUUUCUAUUCAGGUUUUGUUUGGCCGCAGUAUGUCCGUGACCAGCGCGUUUGAGACGGGUCCCCAGGUUUCUGUGUGUGCGCGGGAAGCGGUUUGUCACGCGUGGGAAUGUUUACUGCCGCGGGGACCUGUUCCCCCGAGAGACCCCGCGCGGACCCUAACCUCGUCCCGGCGUUGGAACUGUUAAGGUCGCUGUUGGCCGAUGGCUGCUGUUUUCUUGGUCAGCGGGUUGUUAGCCAGUGUUGACAGACAGAUUGGGUUCAGGUUUCCCACACGUGCACGAGACUCGCUAAUAAAGAACGUUUUCAGGAA